UUUCUUGUUAUACGAGGCUCAGGCUAUACCACAAACUUUCUGCCUUGCGAGCUUCUAAUUUAUCGCGAAAACGAGGUGAGAGAGAAUUUCGAAUUGAAGAAUACAAAGACGACUCGGCAGAUUGAUAGCCAUGUUCGAAUAUUGUCGGAGUAGAUAUAUCGUCUUCAACGGACAACAAGCAUUAUUGGAAAGCAUUAUUGGGCUCUGCUCGUAGAAAGAGCGCUAGCAUGCAUCGCGUGAAAAUUGUGAUAAUCGGCUCGCUCUUGAUAGUCUUGGCUACUCUUAUUUCUUCCAGCACAAAAAUCCACAAAAUAGAGAGCCUACGCAAAAAAAGCAGUCUCACUAUGUUUCACGGAACAGUUGCAGUGGAUUCUUGUAUCAGGCUAACAGCGGAGGGCAAUGACUGCAACGCUAGUGCUGCAGAGGACACCCGCCCUUUGACGCAGCUUCUGAAGUCAGAUCGCCUCUCAAUCGAAUUACACGCUCGAGAAACAAAUGCGUCGAAUACAGACUAUCCUAGGACGAUAGCUGCAAAACUCGCUACUAACGAGUCGUCCUCUCCUGGGUUUCGCCUCUUUUCCGAUGAGUACGUAGACAAACCUGAUAGAACCUGCCGUGACUUUCCCGCCGGUAACUUCACGAGACGAAGAAAUCGUCCAUCAGGGUCUGCAAGUCCUCCUGUUUCGCUGCAUCGGUUGGUUAAAGGAGAGGGUUGGUCGACCGCGAACGAUACUAGCAAAGCGGCAGUUUGCCGCUACACGUUAUCAACGCUCCAUUUUCCGCACUUUAUGCAGCAGAUUGUACGUUGUUGGUCCUUCUGGCAAAGGCGGCUGCCUCAGCCUUCUGUGCUCUUGGUUCCUUCCACUUUGGAUUCGAUGAAGCGGCGCCAAGAAAACUUUCUACAAGGAAUGUUGGAAGCAUUGACGAAUGCGCUGAACGUGUCAAUCGUGUCGAAUCACACUGACCCGUCUGUGGAAAUCGCAGAUGGUGUAGCGGCGUACGCCUUUGCUCGGCUGGAGGACGCGGUAGUACUCCGAAAUGCGGUGAUAUCAUACUUUGCUCCGCAAGCGGCAGCUUUGCUCCAGAAGGAAAAGGACGAGAAAGAUACAGGAGCGCGACCGUUGCGCAUUGGAAUUUUGAAUCGGCGGGGAGGACGACGGAUUCUCAACGAGAAAGACCUGCAAGGAGUGUUACAACGGCACACUGAUGUCACAGUAGCUGAUUUUGAAAAGGCGUCUUUUGCCGACCAGGUUUCUUUUUACGCUAUGCAGGAUAUCGUGAUUAGUUCUCACGGAGCGCAGGUGACCGGUGUGUUAUUUAUGCCAACCUGCGCGGGUCUUCUGGAACUCUUUCCUCAAGGCUACUGCCUGCCUCAAUUUUUUGGUUCCUUGGCGUUAUAUUCGGGUCUGGAGUACGGCUACAUCUACUUGUCGGACGGCAAGAGCGAUCAUGAAACAAAGGAGGCGAAGCGAACAUUGAAGGGACGAAUUCACGCCCGAAAACUUGAUUUGUGUCCUCCUGUGGGCAAAGUAGUGGAUGCGGUAGAGCAGCUAAUUGAAGCGCGACGCCAAUGCUUGCGGCAGACGAUCUAG